AUGCAACGCACCGCCACAUGGCCAUGCAGUUUCUUCCUGUGCUUGUCUGUCUUGGUACUGCUGCUCUUCCUGUCUUCAGUCGACUCCCUGAACCAGAGCUCCAGCUCCUGCGACCCGGGUGAUCUUAAAGCCCUGGAGGACUUCUCCAAAGGUCUUGAAGGGGGUGGCGUCGCUGGCUGGACGUUCCCAAACGCAACCACCGGCGCGGUCAGCUGCUGUGCAUGGACCGGUGUCAUGUGCGAUGGCAGCGGGAGGGUCAUCGGGUUGGACCUCCAUGGCCGGAAGCUGAGGGGCGAGCUGCCGCUCUCGCUCGCGCAGCUGGACCAGCUCCAGUGGCUCAACCUCUCCGACAACUACUUCCAUGGUGCCGUCCCCGCGCCUGUGUUCCAGCUCCAGAGGCUGCAGCAGCUCAACCUCAGCUACAACGAGCUCACGGGCACACUGCCAGACAACAUUUCUCUCCCACUGAUCGAGCUCUUCAACAUAUCCUACAACAACUUCAAUGGUUCCCACCCCACGCUCCGUGGUUCAGAGCGUCUCACCGUGUUCGAUGCAGGGUACAACUCCUUUGCCGGGCAGAUUGAUACAAGCAUCUGUGAGUCGUCUGGUGAAAUCAGUGUGCUGCGAUUCACAUCCAAUCUCUUUACUGGGGACUUCCCAGCAGGCUUCGGGAACUGCACAAAGCUUGAGGAGCUGCAUGUCGAACUCAACAUCAUCUCCGGGAGAUUGCCAGAUGACCUAUUCAGGCUGCCAUCUCUGAAGAUUCUGUCUCUGCAAGAGAAUCAACUCUCUGGGGGGAUGAGCCCAAGGUUCGGUAACCUGUCCAGCCUUGAUAGGCUGGACAUAUCUUUCAAUUCAUUCUCUGGGCACCUUCCAAAUGUUUUUGGUAGCCUCCGCAAGUUGGAGUUCUUCUCUGCACAGUCCAACCUCUUCAGGGGUCCAUUGCCUCCCUCGCUGUGCUAUUCUCUGUCACUGAAGAUGCUGUACCUGAGGAACAAUUCAUUGAAUGGAGAGAUCAACCUCAAUUGCUCAGCAAUGACACAACUUAGCUCACUCGACCUUGGCACAAAUAAGUUCAUUGGCACAAUUGACAGUUUGUCGGAUUGCCAUAAUCUGAGGAGCCUGAACCUUGCCACAAACCUCCUCAGUGGUGAAAUCCCUGCUGGUUUCAGGAAGCUUCAGUCGCUAACCUACCUCUCACUUUCAAACAAUAGCUUCACAGAUGUGCCUUCAGCAUUAUCUGUCCUUCAGGACUGUCCAAGUCUAACAAGCCUCGUGCUCACAAAGAACUUCCAUGAUGAGAAGGCCUUGCCGAUGACUGGGAUACAAGGUUUUCACAACAUCCAAGUGUUUGUCAUUGCAAAUAGCCAUCUUUCAGGAUCGGUACCACCAUGGCUAGCUAAUUUCACACAAUUGAAGGUGCUAGAUCUGUCAUGGAAUCAAUUGAUCGGGAAUAUUCCUGCAUGGAUUGGUGAUCUUGAGUUUCUGUUCUAUUUGGAUCUAUCCAAUAAUUCACUUAGUGGAGGAAUUCCGGAAAACUUGUCUAACAUGAAGGCCCUUGUAACAAGAAAGAUCUCACAGGAAUCUACAGAGACUGAUUAUUUUCCUUUCUUCAUCAAAAGAAACAAGACAGGCAAAGGGUUGCAGUACAAUCAAGUUAGCAGCUUCCCACCCUCCCUAGUUCUCAGCCAUAACAAGCUCACAGGCCCCAUAUUAUCGGGCUUUGGGAUCCUAAAGCACCUAAAUGUAUUGGACCUCAGCAACAACAAUAUUUCUGGUACCAUUCCUGAUGAUCUAUCAGGGAUGUCAAGCUUGGAAUCCUUGGAUUUGUCACAUAAUAAUCUUACUGGAGGCAUCCCAUCUUCAUUAACGAAGCUGAAUUUUCUAUCAAGCUUCAGUGUGGCAUACAACAAUCUGAAUGGUACCAUUCCAUCAGGAGGUCAAUUCUGGACAUUCAGUAGUUCUGCUUAUGAGGGUAACCCCAAACUCUGUGGCAUUCGCCUAGGCCUACCCCGGUGUCAUUCAACUCCUGCUCCUACAAUUGCUGCAACAAAUAAGAGAAAGAACAAGGGCAUCAUAUUUGGAAUAGCUAUGGGUAUUGCAGUUGGGGCAGCAUUUGUUUUGUCUAUUGCUGUUGUAUUUGUACUGAAGAGUAGCUUCAGAAGGCAGGAUCAUACAGUAAAAGCUGUCGCAGAUACUAAUCAAGCCCUUGAGUUGGCACCAGCCUCACUGGUACUACUGUUUCAGGACAAGGCUGAUAAGGCAUUAACCAUCACUGACAUUUUGAAAUCGACAAACAACUUUGAUCAGGCUAACAUCAUUGGUUGUGGUGGCUUUGGUCUAGUGUACAAGGCAACAUUGCAAGAUGGAGCAGCAAUUGCUAUCAAACGACUAUCAGGUGAUUUUGGUCAGAUGGAACGGGAGUUCAAAGCAGAGGUGGAGACGUUAUCAAAAGCUCAGCAUCCCAAUCUUGUGCUUCUGCAAGGUUACUGCAGGAUUGGCAAUAACAGACUCCUGAUCUACUCUUUCAUGGAAAAUGGCAGCCUAGACCAUUGGCUUCAUGAAAAGCCAGAUGGUCCCUCCAGAUUAAUCUGGCCAAGAAGGCUUCAGAUAGCAAAAGGAGCAGCAAGAGGUUUGGCAUACCUGCAUUUGUCAUGCCAACCUCAUAUUCUCCAUCGUGACAUCAAGUCAAGCAACAUCCUUCUAGAUGAGAAUUUUGAAGCCCAUUUGGCUGAUUUUGGGCUUGCUCGGCUUAUUUGUCCCUACGCCACACAUGUGACCACUGACCUAGUUGGCACGCUGGGUUACAUUCCCCCUGAGUACGGCCAGUCUUCAGUAGCCACUUUCAAGGGUGAUGUUUAUAGUUUUGGCAUUGUCCUUCUGGAGUUAUUAACUGGAAAGAGGCCUGUAGACAUGUGCAAGCCGAAGGGAGCUCGGGAGUUAGUCUCAUGGGUUACACAUAUGAAAAAGGAAAACCGUGAAGCUGAUGUCUUGGACCGUGCAAUGUAUGAUAAGAAAUUUGAGACGCAAAUGCUGCAGAUGAUUGAUGUUGCUUGUCUGUGCAUAAGUGAUUCACCAAAACUGCGGCCAUUAACACAUCAGUUAGUGCUAUGGCUUGACAACAUUGGUGUGACCAGUGAUGCACCAAAGUGA